AUGCCGUCCCAAGGACCUCCCCCGAGCGUUGGCGGUAAGGAUUUGUCUUCGUUCCUUCCCGAUGAGUCUGGAUCAGGUGGAGGCACCGCGAGCCUGCCCAACCCGGCCCAGAUGGCUUUGUUUCAGGAAAACCGGGAGCGGCAGGCCCGGAACGCGGCUAGGGCAGUACGUAGACAGGGCGGAGAAGAUGGCGUCAGUGAUGACGAGGAGCUGGGAAUGUUGGAUGGAUCAGAUGGCACAUCUCCGGGUCAGUUAGACUCCCAGGAACCGUCGGCAACGCCUGCAGGCAUGCCUUCGCGGCCCAGGACACCGGAGAGCAACACCGAUGAUAUGCAGUUGCUUCGGGAUGUUAUGAAAAUGACUCCGAAUACUCGGGGCAUCGCCCUAAAACUGUGGAAUGCGGGUGUUGAGAAGUGGAGCGGUGCUGGCACUCGGACAGAGGCCUCCGUAGGGAAUGGUGGCAAGAGCAGUGAGAAUGCACUGAUCACCAUAGAUUCCGAGAGCAAGGCCGAUCUCUUCGCGGGCCGAGUUAUCGAGAUGCCCCAGGAACUUCCUGCACUCCUAAGGAACGAGUUCCAUCUCCCUCUGUCCAUGUGCACUUCCGAGGUGAUGACCAAGAUGCACAAGCACCCGGAACAGGUCCAGUAUCGCAAGAUGCACGAUGGGAAGGGGAUCAAGAGGGCUCUAAUUGACAUUGCACAGUGGCCCGACGAACAGGCUAUGGGACCCGAGGAAUGGCGCGAUGCUUGGCGCAAUUACUUCGAAAUUCUGCCAGGUGUAUGCGACGGCGAGAUUGUCAAGCGCUUCUCGGAACACCACAUGUGGUUAUCUGAGCAGAGCGACUUCAAAAGGAUCUUUCCGGUAAUCCUUGCAUUCGAUAUCGAUGUACGUCGCGGUUAUUUCCUCACAAAGAAAACCUUCGUUGUCGGCUCGAAGAGCUACAAUGACCACUUUCUCAAAAUCCGCCUGGAGCAUAUCGAAAAGGGUUCUCGAUGCGCACUUCCUAUUCCCGCGGGCCCUAUUGUCGGUUCGUCUCAAACCCCCUAUCGCACGCCGUCACAUUCCCCCGAUUCACGUCGCCCGCGCCGCGAUGGUGCGGCAGAUUCCACUGCCAAGCCCUUUCGUGAAGGCAGAGCAUCUGCGUCCACGAGCAUGCUCUGCCUCAUCUGCGGUGAGAGUGGACAUCGGGCCAGUCAGUGCGGGCGAUCAACCAUGUCGAACGGCAAGCCCGCAUUCACCGUCUGGGAAAAUAAGAAGCUGCUCGCCAUCUCCACACGUGUGGAGAUCUGCCUCACAUGGAACGUCCAACACGGCCGCAUGCCUUGUCGAGGUAUGUACUGUCCCGGAACCGGUGGACACGUCUGCUCCUUCUGCGGUUCCGACGGUCAUGCCGCUGCGACUAAGCGGUGCCUCGGAGCGUGA